AACCGAAUUGCUGCCUGCGAUCAGUGAAAGCACUAAUCUCUCUUUCGUAAAACGCUUAAGCAUAGGCUGCUCCAAGAUGCUGGAAGCGGAUGGUGGAGUCGAGUGCGAUUGAACGGGAGGCGUGCUGGCGAGAUUUCCGCAGUCCUUGGGAGCCCGCAGUUACACAGAGUUGAUGGCAAACGGCGCGGAGACCGAGUCAGAGGCGGCCAGGAAGCAACAAGAUCAUGGGGAAGAGCGCCUCGGCUUUCACCUCCUGAUCCUCUGUGCCCCUCUGCCCCAACUCAAAUAAUGUCAGCGAGCUCGAAACAGCCGGAGGGCGCAGCCUGCAAGGCAAAGGUAAAAGAGCAGAUCAAGACUAUAGUAGACGAUUUGGAAUUAGUCCUGGGCGAUUUAAAGGACGUGGCUAAAGAACUUAAAGAGGUAGUUGACCAAAUAGACCAUCUUACCAGUGACCUACAGCUGGAGGAGGAAAUGACUGACAGCUCCAAGACAGAUACUAUAAAUAGCACCUCAAGUAGUACAACUGCUUCCAGUCUGGAUAAGGUCAAAGUGCACUCAGUUAGAUCAAUUUGCAAGACAACGGUGACUUCAUCAGCUAUCUUAACAGUGCUAAAGAGGGCCAACCCCCCACCUCCACCUCCACGAUUGACACCUGUUCGAUGUGAGGACCCCCACCGACAAUCUUAUUGUGCUAACACUUUGAAGACCAAUGGGGCCUUGCUUUGCAAUUGUGCAUUCUUGUGUAAGACAGAUAAAGUGCCAAAUGGAGAUGUGUGUUGUCUCUCUGGUAACAAUCCAGAAAAAAUGCGUAAACAGCCACUGGUGCCCAGAGUUGAUAAAGAUAAAUGUCCACAGGUAACACGGGAAAGAGUUCGAUUUAAUGAGGAAGUUCAGUACCAUGGCUACUGUCUGGAUUGUAAUGUUCAAUAUGACAUGAGAAACAGAGAUGUGCAUUUGCAUGGUGAAUUGAGCAAUGCUAAAGGAAAAUCACCUCACCAGUGUGCUCCCCUUGAAAAUGGAGGAUCGGGCAGUGACUUUAGCCAUAAUUUUCCAAUCAUGAAAGGCAAAAUCACACCUCCACAGACUGCUCCAAAACCUCAAAAAACUAUUCUGAGGAAGUCUACAACCACCACAGUUUGAGUAAGGAUGUUAUAAAACUAUUUUGUACCCUAAUGAAUUGAGCACUUUCUACUCAAGCAAUAAAGAGCCAAAAUGCAUUAUACCCAGUGUUCUCCAGUGAUGUGACACAGAAGAAAUCAUGCUCCUUAAGACUGGAAGGAAAAAUUCACAUUUCGAAGAUACAUCAGCUAUUUUUGGAUUGGUCAGUGCUGCACUGUGACUUCAGCAAAUAAGGCUCCCAAACUACGACAAACAAAACAAAGGAGUUGACCCUAUGGAUUCACAGCAUCAUUAAUGUCAGUGAGACCUGGACCGGAUCUUUUCCAGCAGUCUCUAUAACAGGCAAAAGUUUAACCUGAGCAAUUGUUCCAGUCUGCAGUUCAAUUUGCUUCUAAAUCGCAGUGAAAGCCUGAAGUAAAUCUCCGACUUUUGUUUACUCCCUGUUUUUCUUCACUCCUGAAAUAUUUAUGUGAAGCAAUGCUUAAAGAGAUCAGCCUUCAUAUAAUCAGUCGUGAAAGCUUUAUUCUUGCAAUUUGUCAUAAAACUAAUCCAGUGUUCUCUUCCCUACAUAAAAAAUAAAGUAAAAUAAAAUCACUAACACGUGUGAGAAAUUAAAUGAAAUCCUACAAGGGGAAGAUGAUAAAUUUCUUGUGCCACGUGGAACCAAGGAUAUGUUUACAUGUCAGUGAAAUGAAUUCUACAUGUUGAGAACCAUUGAGAAGUGGCAGAAGCUUUUACUGUUCACAGGGAAAAGUAAUGUCUCCUGUUCUGUGCUCAUUCUUUAAGCCAUAGCAAAUGAAAGCAUCAAAUGCUGAUGGCGAUUGUGGCAUUCCUUCCCUUGUCAUCAUAUCAGGUGAUAAUUCCAGGACACAAAGCUAUUGCCGAUGCUCAGAAACUGCAUCUCAGUGCUCUUCUAAUAUUUGCACUGUCACUUUCAUUCAGGGUAAUGAUGUGUGGAGUUACUUGCACAGAUGGCCUCUUGAGAUCUGCAACAAGGAUGCAGAAUCUGGCUGGGCUUUACCAACUAAAGAAUAUGAUUUGCACUUCUCUUCAAUUCCAGUGGGUGGAAUCUAUAUAAAAAAUUAAAUUGUCUUUCAUUUCCUUUCCAACCUUAUGAAAUGAAGUCUCAUAGCUGCACAGUGGACAAUAGAACAAAUGUUAUCUCCCCUCACAUUAUAAAUCAGAUUUUAUAUAAUACAUGAAACAUUGGACAAUAAAGGAGAACAAUUCAUACAGGACUUGACAGACAUUGACUAUGCUGUGGAUUUAAAAACAAUGCAUUAAUUUGUCACAAUAAUAUGAAAUGCAUUUGUUAUGUUAAAUGGGAUCUGCAGGAUUUAUAAAUUUAAUGGAACUUGGAUUCAGAAAGAAUGCACAGAUAUUGACAAGUAAAGCACUUUAGUUACAUUUUUAAGUUUUGUAUUUUUAUAAGUCACCAUUAUCAACCCUUGUUUGGCUGUCAUUUGAAGACUUCAAUGUUACUCAUCAUGCUUAUGUUUGUAUGUUAUUAUUUGCAAGCAGGUGAAAUUUUUUUGUUUUACUUUUAAACAAAUAAAACCUAAGAAAGUAAUGUAUAGAUUUUAAAUAGAAGGCUUCAAGAUAUAUUUCUUCUACUCAUGGAAAAUGCAAACAAUGUAUUUUGUAAUUUUAGAGUUUUAAAAUUGAAAGAGGUUAUUUUAUUAUUAAAGGCCUGGUAUAUGAUAUUAGUUAGACAGCAAGUAACAGAAAGAAAACUUUUCAUAUUCUUACCUAAAUCAAAACUGCUUGUCGUAAAAAAGCAACAGGAAAAAAAAAGUUUAAAAAAAAUCAAUUCUUCAUGUAAAUGUUCAGAUUCACAGUUCUCUCUAGGU